AUGGGAUUCCUUAGGACACACUACAAUAGUUCUUAUCCUUCUCAAACUCUUGAAACUAUCGACAACAUCUCCGAAACCAUCACUUUCCAACAUCAUGCACAAGAGCAACAACUGUUUGAACUUUCACAACAAAACUACGACUUUUCGCCUUCUUUUCUAGAUGAAACCUUGUUUUUUCCGAGUCCUUAUUUUUACUCAAACGAGACUUAUCCCUGUGAAGAUCAACUAAUCAUUGACUCAACUUUCUCUUGUGAUCAAAACGAUGGUUUUGUUUCAGUGAAUGAGAUUUUCCCAAAUGAUGAAAAUUUCAAUAGCUAUGAUGUUCCAUGUGCGAAACGACAAAAGCUGGAUUAUGAAGAAACAAACCAACAACAACAUGAACAAGAGGUUUUUACAGCGAACCCUUUUACUACUUCCUUUGAAGCGGAACCGUUUUCCGGUUGGAAUGUGGUUGAUGUUGUGCAAUGUGAGAAAAAGGUUAGCGAGAGGAGUAUCUCGACGCAGAGUAUUGCGGCGAGAGAAAGAAGAAGGAAGAUAACUGAGAAGACACAAGAGCUUGGGAAGUUGGUUCCUUGUGGACCUAAGAUGAACACUGCUGAGAUGCUUAAUGCUGCUGCUAAUUAUGUUAGGUUUCUUCAAGCUCAAGUUGGAAUGCUUCAAGUUAUGCAAACUUUUAGCAAGGAAGAAAAGGAACCACCUCCAAGUGAAGAUCUACACAAACUAGUUGUUUCUCCUAUUGUUCAAGAGAAGUUGUAUUCAGAAGAAAAAUGCUUUAUUUCAAAAGAAAUUGUCACAACAUUGACCAACAAUGUUGAUGUUAGGUCAAAACCUUCAAUCCUUCAGAGUCUUAAGCAACUUGUUGGGACCGAGAUUCUUCAUCAGAAUGAGAACAAACCAAAACAAGAAUAA